AUGUUUGAUAUCACCAAGAUCGCCCGUCCCAACAUCCUCAAGCUAGAGCCGUACCGUUGUGCAAGAGACGAUUACAAGGUCGGUAUUCUUUUGGAUGCCAACGAGAAUACUCACGGACCCUCUGUGCCGGACUUGACCGACAGCGAGACUGCUCUGGAACUGAACAGAUAUCCUGACCCACAUCAGGAGCAACUGAAACAGCAGAUUUGCGACUUCAGGAACUCUGAGGCCUCUUUGAAUUCUGCCUCCGUUAAAAUCCCUACUGUUGCUGGCCAGAAAGUGCCUUUGAAUGUGUCCAAUCUGUGUCUUGGUGUCGGCUCUGAUGAAUCCAUCGAUGCUCUUAUCAGGUGUACAGUUGCACCAGGAAAAGAAAAAAUGCUGAUAUGUCCGCCAACAUACGGUAUGUAUAGUAUCUGUGCUGUUGUGAAUGAUGUUGAGAUUGUCAAGGUGCCUCUGGACUUGGAAACGUUCCAGAUUCAGCCAGAUCUCAUUCUGGACCAGCUAGAAACAGAACCUUUGAUCAAACUGGUCUACAUCACAUCUCCAGGCAACCCGACUGCCGUCCAGAUAAAACCGACGCUACUCGAGGAACUGCUUGCCAAGGUGCAACAGUCCAAAUGGAACGGACUGAUCGUGGUGGACGAAGCUUACGUCGACUUCUGCGAGGUUGGCAGCUCUGUGUCUGUUCUCGUCAACAAAUACCCUAAUCUUGUUGUUCUCCAGACCCUGUCCAAGGCGUUUGGCCUGGCUGGUAUACGUCUGGGUGUCUGUUUCUCGACCCCUGAGAUUUCUUUGCUGCUCAACUCUAUGAAGUACCCCUACAACAUCAGCAAUCUGACGAGCUCGGUUGCUCUGAGAGCAACUUCCAAAGACGCUCUAGCAAAGAUGAGACAGAGAGUUGACCUUAUCAAAGAGCAAAGACAGAUUGUUGUUGACGAGCUCGCCAAGCUACCUGGAGUGGGAAGAAAUAUUGGAGGCCUGGACUCCAACUUUGUUCUUGUGGAAAUCCUUAAUAGAGAGGGCGAGCCGGACAACGAAAUAGCGAACAAAGUCUAUCUCACGCUUGCGGAGCAAAAAAACGUGGUGGUGAGAUUUAGAGGCAAGGAGCUGGGCUGCAAGGGCUGCUUAAGAAUCACCAUCGGAACCAAGGAAGAGAACGAAACCUUGAUCAGCCAACUGAGGCUGGUGUUGCAAGAAGUCAGAAAAUAA